UUUGCAGACAUAAGAUGUCUUGAUGGCAAAUAACUAGAUAAGAAACAAGAAAUUAGAAGUGUACUGAAUCCUGAUCGUGCGUUAAAAGCCUGCUGUUAGAAAUAUAUAUAUAGUGCGCCAGUGGAAAUUUACUAUUGCGCAAACGAUAUGUUGAAAUCAGUUGAAACCAGGCAAAACCUUACGGUUUCGUUGAUACUUAUUAUAUUAGCGGGCGCUGUUUUUGGUGAGGAAGAUGCAGAAUCUUCGCGACGUUUGCCUAAUGCCAACGGUUUUUUCGGUGUUAACAAUUGGAGGAACGGUUUAUUUGGAUAUCCCGGCUGGUUCGGUUUUUCUAAUUCCACUGGAAUUGGUAGCAUGCCCGGUUUCCCUGGCAUGACCGGUUUCCCUGGCAUGCCCAGUUUCUCUGGCAUGCCUGGUUUCCUCCGUUUUCAUGGUUCUGCUAACUAUCCAAAUCAGCCCCUUUAUUCGGAGUGUAAUGUACUGCUUAAUACACCGGGAACGUGUAUGCCACCAUCUGAAUGUGCCAGUGUUUCAGGAAUGCCAUCAGGAUUUUGUUCGAAGAAAACUCUCUGUUGUGCUGUUUCUUUACAGUGCGGGGGGUCUUCUAGUGCUAAGAAGAUAGUUAUUCAAGGAUCUGUCUCUAUACCGAGCCAAACACCUUGUACCUACACAGUGAACAGAUUCAGUUCACAUGUGUGCCAAUUAAGGGUCGAUUUCAGCACUAACAUGCCGCAACCUACAGUGAUACCACCAGCAAGUGUUCCAGGAACUAUGCCAUAUUGUGGAACCAGCUACUUAUCCAUCGGCGAAAUGCGCUUUUGCGGAAUAAACACCAAUCAACACAUAUAUCUACCUUUUGGACAAAAGACGAUAUCAGAAACAAUAUCAGUUCUGAUAGGUUCAAAUAAUAAUGCGAAUUGGAGAGUAAUAGUCACCCAACUGGAAUGUCCUCCUGACACUACCGAAGAGUUUAAACAAUUAACUCACACUUCUCCGGGUCAAAUUCUUGAUAUAAACAAGCUCAUACACAAACAACACUUCGAUACAGACCUCAUUGCGCCCAACGGCUGCUUACAAUAUUUCCCGAAUAGGACUGGCGUUUUCGAGUCCUUUAAUUACAAUGCAGGAGCCGGCCCUUAUCUCCCGGGCAUGAAGUACGCCAUUUGCUUUGACAGACCAGCAACAUUUUCGAAUAUUCAAUUUUCAGCUGAAAGAUUUAACAUGAGCCGCGCUGAUCCUAGCUACAUAGAUGUACCAAUGACGGAUGCAGAAUGUAUUGAUGAAAGAGGCGAUACACUUGUUCAUCAUAACGAUCAUUUCUUGAUUCCUUAUUCGACAAUCUUACAAACGGGUGACUCAGCUACUCGCUAUUGUGGAGAUAUAUUGGAAGGACAAAAUUUGAUUGCUAAUCCUCCAGGACCACUGGAAGUUUUGGUAAACAUCGGAACAUUGUACUAUCCGCUGAAUUUUGGACCCAGACCUCAGAGAGCUUUCAGAGUAUCCUAUAGUAUACAGUGAAAUAUCUAACAAAUAACCAAGAAACCAAAACAUGAACUUUGUUUUAUAAUAAACUGAGGCAGGAAUAUAUAAUUAAUCCAAAUUAA